GCAUUAAUAUCAGCAAACCUACGAGUGGAUUCGAUUUUUACAUUUGGUAAUAAAUUUGUUCCAAUUAAUUAAAAAAAAAUGUUGGGCCGCAGCAGCGUUAUUGCACGCAACUUCUCGCAAUCCAUGGUUAGAUACAGUGGCCAUGGUGGUGUCCCCGGCGAGAACUUGCCAUUCAGUCUGCAGAACAAAUACAGAAUAACUGCAUUGUUCACUGUUUUCUGUAUGUUGGGAUUUGGUGCGCCCUUUCUGGUCGUAAGGCACCAGCUUUUGAAGAAGUAAAAAGUUAGCGAAUGCAGCACCAAAAAGAUAACAACAACAAUUACACAAAUUCCCCCGUUUGUUGCACUCAUAGUAUUGCUGCAAAAUUGCUAAUCGUGUCACCAUGUGUUAAGAUUAAGUCAAAAGUGUACGCUUAAAUAAAGUUACCAACUCUUAACCGGACAA